GGACAUGCGCUCUAGAUGCAAGUUCAAAAGCAAAACAACCAAUAGCGGGAUAGACAUCGCAAUGCAGGCAUGAUGUGAAUGGUUUUUGUGAGACGAUGACUCAUAUUUGUUCCUCAUAUCCAACUUCAAAGAUUCUAUAUUUAAAGUUUUAUUAAAUUGGUGGCAAUGAAGUAAAAGCUUGUGGUUUUUUUAAUUUGUAUAGUAGAUUGUAGUGAUGUAUUUGUGUUAAUUUAUAAAUUAUGGCUUGUCGUUUAAAUCGUGUAAUUAAGUUCCUAUUUAUUAUGUUGAUAUGUUGAUUUAAAAAUAUACCUGUUGUCAAACUUUUAACAUCAAUUGGAUUACCUACAACUUUUUGACAAGGCAGGCACCACGGCGAUCGAAAACUUAUUGUAAAGACAAUUGAAAAAACUAUGGCUGAUUCUGUACCAUUCUCUUGAAGAAAUCAACACCUUUUUUGCAGACUGAGGACUAUAAUUUACUGCCCAACAUUCAUCAAAUGAAGCCAUAACAGAGGCCGCGGAGGAAUGAUUAUAGUUCAAGAAAUGAAUCUUUAUGAUCGUUGUACCAAGUGAUGAAAGGCUAAGAGUGUAUCAGUAGGCUCCAAUACGUACAGGCUUGCGAGCUCUUCCAGAUAUAGACUGUGACGUUAGUCGGCAGCGUCAUGUCAGUGUGCCUCGAAAGCAGCCGGCCGAGAGACGGUCUCAAGCUGCCUCUCAACCGUAGUAUUAGCGAGCCUGGACCACAGUCUCCGACGUCCCAUCUUGCUUUGAGUCCCCCGAAAAGGUUCAAGCUGGAAGCCGCUAGUGUGAGUCUGCCCACGAGCCCCUGCGGUGAGAAUGCCCAUCUGCAGAGGACUUGGGUGCUCAACAAUGUCAAGAACAUGGACGGUGAUGCUUUAAGGUCUAAAAUGGAGGAUAGGAAGCCAGGACCUAAGUCCUAUAUCCUUCUUGACUGCAGGCCCUUCAUGAGCUACAACAUCAACCAUAUAGCAGGCGCUAUUAAUGUCAACUGUUCUGAUAGAUUCAACAGGAGGAGGUUACAACAGGGGAAGGCCACUCUUGCGGAUUUGGCUACUACGAGGGAUGGUAAAGAAGUGUUGAAGAAGAGGUCUUUUCGUGAAGUGAUUGUAUAUGAUGAUUCGACUAGUGACAAGGAGAGGAUUACUAUAGGGCAUCCAUUACUGUUGGUGAUUACUUCUUUAGUGGACGAUCAUAAGGAACCAGCUUUGCUAAUUGGAGGUCACAGGGAAUUCCACAGAAAGCACAAAGAACUGUGCGAAGACACGCUAAUGUCCGGUUUAUCGAAUCGAGGUUUACCUUCAUCACCAGCAACGCUGGCAGAUGUCGACUCGUAUCCCGCAUCCAAGGUCUUACCCUUUUUGUACCUGGGCAACAGCAAAGAUGCAGCUGAUCUGUCGUGCCUUAGGGGCCUCGGUACCACCUGCGUUCUAAAUGUUACUUCCCAAUUAGCGGGGUACCACGAAGAGUGCGGCAUCACUUACAAACAAAUACCGGCUACAGAUUCCGGACAUCAAAACCUCAAACAGUAUUUUGAAGAAGCUUUCGAGUUCAUCGAAGCAGCUAGGAAAAAUGGCUCACGGGUGCUGGUUCACUGCCAAGCUGGAAUCUCCCGGAGUGCAACUAUAGCUAUAGCGUAUAUCAUGAAGUACAUGUCAAUGUCGAUGGUAGAAGCGUACAAGAAAGUGAAAGAAGCCCGACCCAUAAUAUCUCCUAACUUAAACUUUAUGGGGCAACUUUUAGAAUUAGAACAAAGUUUGCGGAAUGACACGCCUAACACAACUAACAGUCUCCAGUGUCGCUGGGCGCAACAGCAAGCGGCAGACGAGGCGCCCGGAUGUAGUGUGUGAAAAUAUUAGACAAUCAAAGGUUUUUAUUUUUAUAAAUGACCCGAAGUAGUCAUCAGCUCGCCAUAGAGUUACAUUCUAGUCUUAUCUGUUUUGGUUAAAAUGGCUGUGUACCAUUAAAGAUAUUUGAAUACAUGAAUGAAAGAAUCAUCAUCUGGAGCGUCUUUAGAAAUCAUCAUUAUCCCUCUAAUCACGAAAAAUUUGCAUUAUACGGUUCAGCUUGAAAAAGCUAAUAACUAAAUAAAUCAUUUAAUUUUUUUAUUUCGUAAAAUUGGGUUUAACCGCAGGUCUUUUUGUGUUAAUACAGACGGAAUAGUUUUUAUAUACUUUAUAUUAAACGGUUUUUUUAUAUUAUUAUGUCCUGUGUUUAAACAAAUUUUCAAAAAGCAAACUCCAUUCAUUAUUUAUAUUUAGAGAGGGAGAAUAAUGUUGUAGAGACGAUCCGGUUUUUUAAAAACAUAUACUGAUAUUUUGUAAAUGAUUUUUCAAGCAGCUGAAAAACGAUAUAACCUGUGUGUAGUAAAAAGUUUUUGCUUGAAAAGAAAAAACUUUAGUGGGGCUGCGUAAAUAACUAUCACUAAGUUGGCAGCAGUUUGUACAUUAUAAUUAUUUUAUUUAUUUACUUAUUUUUAGUAAUUUUAUAAGAAGAUUCAAGUUUUAUUUGUUUUCUUCGGGUAUAAUCCGAAUAUUUAAUAUGUAUUUCUUUUUCUUUUGUAAUGUAAAACUGGAC